CACUGAUUGUAUGAGAGAGAGCACAGAGAAGGAGAGCGAGAGAGGAAUUCAGUCCUGUUUAAAUGGGAACCCACAGCGCAGAGUGAAGAGGACGCAGAGUGAGAAACACCCCCCCCCCCAAAAAAAAAAAAAGUGGAGACUGAAUGAUUUUACGCACAGGAAAAGAGGAAAGCAGAUAAAAGGAAAAGUGGGGUCGGAUUUUUUUUUUUUUUUUCCUCUGAAUUUGUCUUCUUUCACUCUCAUGAUUCAAAGAGGAUUCCAGAGAAAUUCACCCGGCCGGGAGGAAUUGAUGGUGUCUUUUUGGGGAGUCGGAGCCGAGGGGAGGAAUCUGAAUGCGCUCGGCUGAACCAUGCCAGCCUUGUGGAUCAUAACUUUGGCGAUCACUCUGAACCAAGUGUGGUGCGUUCGCUUCUCCCAGGAGCCGGCGGACCAGUCGGUGGUGCUCGGGGAGCGGGUGGUGCUGUCCUGCGUGGUCUUCAACUACAGCGGCAUCGUGCAGUGGACCAAGGACGGCUUGGCCCUCGGCAUCGGAGAGGGUCUUCGAGCCUGGCCCAGGUACCGAGUGCUGAGGGCUCUGGACAUCGGCCAGUACAAUUUGGAGAUUUCCCACGCCGAGCUUUCGGAUGACUCUCUGUACGAGUGUCAGGCCACAGAAGCCGCCCUGCGCUCCAGAAGGGCCAAACUCAAUGUCCUCAUCCCCCCGGAGGACCCGGUGGUCGACGGGACCCCGGAGCUCCUCCUGAUGGCUGGGACUCCGUACAACCUGACCUGCGUGACCCGCGGGGCCAAGCCUGCAGCGCACAUCCAGUGGACCAAGGAUGGAGUGGCUGUGGAGGGAGCCUACCAGUCCACGGAAGUGCUUCCAGACAGGAAGAGGGUGACCACCAGGAGCUACCUGCCCAUCACGCCGGUCGACACCGACAGCGGCAGUAAUUUCACCUGUGUGGCCAGCAAUCCCGCCGUGCCGAUGGGCAAACGGGCCACUGUCAACCUCAACGUCCACCACCCUCCGACGGUGACGCUGUCCAUCGAGCCCCGCUCCGUCCUGGAAGGCGAGAGAGUCACCUUCACCUGCCAGGCGACAGCCAACCCCCCCAUCAUGGGCUACAGGUGGGCUAAAGGUGGCGUGUUGCUGGAGGGCGCCAGAGAGAGCGUGUUUGUCACCACGGCGGAUCACUCCUUCUUCACCGAGCCCGUGUCCUGUCAGGUGUUCAACGCCGUGGGAAGCACCAACGUCAGCAUCCUGGUGGAUGUGCACUUCGGCCCCAUACUGGUGGUGGAGCCCAGACCCGUCACGGUGGACGCCGACUCGGACGUCACCCUGAACUGCAAGUGGUCCGGAAACCCUCCUCUCACCCUGACCUGGACCAAGAAGGGCUCCAGCAUGGUGCUCAGCAACAACAACCAGCUGUAUUUGAAGUCGGUGAGCCAGGCGGAUGCAGGCCAGUACGUCUGCAAGGCCAUCGUGCCCCGGAUCGGCGUGGGAGAGACGGAGGUCACGCUCACUGUCAACGGCCCUCCCAUCAUCUCCAGUGAUCCGGUUCAGUACGCCGUCAGAGGGGAGAGAGGAGAGAUCAAGUGCUACAUCGCCAGCACCCCCCCACCUGAUAAGAUUGUGUGGGCGUGGAAGGAGAACGUGUGGGAGAAGGAGAAAGGCACCCUGAUGGAGCGGUACACCGUGGAGCAGAGCAAGCCUCCGUCUCAGGGCGGCGCCGUCCUCUCCACCCUCACCAUCAACAACGUCAUGGAGUCCGACUUCCACUCCCCGUACAACUGCACGGCCUGGAACUCCUUCGGCCCGGGGACCAUGAUCAUCACCCUGGAGGAGAAAGAUAAUGUUUCAGUGGGAAUUAUCGCCGGCACUACAGUGGGCUCCUCCAUCCUGCUGCUUAUGUUUCUACUGGCGCUCGCUUUCUUCCUCUACCGCCAACGCAAAGGCAGUCGGCGGGGCGUCACUCUCGGUAAGCCCGACAUCAAGGUGGAGACCGUCAACAAAGAGACCCACAGCCUGGAGGAGGAGGCGGCCAACGUCUCCACGGCAACCCGGAUGGUCAAGGCCAUGUACUCCUUUUUGCCCUCUGUUUCCCUCUCUCCCUCCACUCAGCCGUUCAAAGACGACAUGGACCUGAAGCAGGACAUCAGAAGCGAGGGCGACACCCGGGAGGAGUACGAGCUCAAGGAUCCAACCAACGGCUACUACAACGUGCGCGCCACCACUCACGACGAGGUGCGGCCCCAGUCCCGCGUCGUCCACUACCAGGGGGAGUUUCGCUCUCCGAACCCGGGCAGCGGUCCGGCCGGCGCCACGUCCAGCGGGCCCUCCAACCCCCCCAGCGGCGCGGUCCCCCCCAGCGCGGUGCCGGGCUCCAGGGCGGGCUGCUACGACCCCCGCCCGCCCUCCAGGAUGUCCCACGCCACCUACGCCCAGUUCAACACCUUCUCCAGGGCGGCCCAGAGUCAGCAGGCGCCGCCGAACCCGGCUCUGCAGUCGCCGGGGGAUUACGCCGGAGACUGCGGCCUGCUGGACAGCAACACCCAACUGGCGUACGACAACUACGGAUACCCCUCCCAGUACCCCAGCUACCGCAUGGGCUUCGCUCCGCCGAUAGAGGAGGGGCCGGCCUAUGAGAUGUAUCCAACAGGACAAGGGACCGGACAGGGACCGGGACCGGGUCCGGGUCCGGGACCGGGUCCGGGUCCGGGUCCGGGACCCGGACAACAGAGUCCUGAAUCUGGGCUGGGGAAGUAUGGAACCUCCACCCGCUUCUCGUACUCGUCUCCGCCCUCUGACUAUUCCCACAGACACACACAACGGAUGCAGACUCACGUGUGAGGAACGCUUGCACGCCGUCCCGGGCUCGCCUUUUUGCAGAAGCAAAAUUCUAAAACUCCUAGAAAUGGAAGAAAGACACACACUUCUACACCCAAACAUGGAUUUUCUUGCUUCCAUUGCACCUGCUGCACGGAAUUUGGUUGAUCUCCCCCCAAGUCGAUACAACACCAUGCCAAUGCCCGGCAGUGAGCAGCAAAACACAUCGAUACAGUCAGCAGCAAUACAGACAAACUCACGCAACGCGACACUCACGCGCAUCUGUACAGACCUUCUGUCUGCGGCGUCCGUGCUCCGACAGACGCAACCGCGAGAGCCACAAUCAGGAGAAGAGAGACGCAAGAAGCAGAAAAGAGCACUUUGACGACGCGACGA